AUGGCACUCAGCUCGACGGUUGCCCGUCUCCUCGCAGGUAUCUUUCUGCUCAGUGUGGUGGGGGCGGAUGUGGGCGUGGCCAGGCAGCGUCUGCGCCUCCAGGAGCAAAGGGCGGCCUCUUAUCCGGCUGCCGGGUACAAGCCAGCCAGAGGGUUUGGCUUACCGGCGGUCCAGCCGAAACCCGCUCGCCUGGUGGCCAACAGCGAGGCCCAGGAGGAUCUCGACGACGCCGCCGAGGAGGUGGAUGUGGCACAGCCCAGGCCAGCUGCCGUGCCACGCCCAGUUCCGGCCGCCCCAGUGCCGGCGGUACCAGUGACUCCCACUAUCGCCUACUAUCCGGCUGGAGCCGUGGGAUUUGUCCGGCCAACAGUCUUUUCCAGAUUCAUCGCUCCUCCGCAGCAGGCUGCCGCCCUUGUAGCCCCGCCCCCGUACUACUUUGGUUAGACCUGCACCUGUAUCUCAAGUGCAUCUUAGUUACUCUGCUUUAUAUUCUUAACCUUUGGCUUUUCCAACUGAUUAAUGUCCAAAUCUUAUUUUUAAAAAACUAACUAAAAACUAAAAUUGUACAAAAAUUACGAAAGCCGACGAGCCUCUACACUACGAAUACAACUCUCCAAGUCGAAAUGUUAAAUAAUCCCAAGGAACCUGUACUAUCGCUUCUGAUAUUUUCAAACUGUUAGCAUGCCUCGACCAUCAUAUACCCGAUACUUAGUUAACCAAUUUAACUUAUUAACUAAUGGUCCGAUUUAAUCCAUUUUUGGCAUUUAGACAGAUAUUUACAAUUAAAAUAAAGUUCAAUUUACACUGAAAAA